AUGGACCUGGGACCCAAGUCCACUGCGGCCGGGGCGAAGGUCAAGCUUGGAAUUGUGUUCGAGGAGACGCUGAGGAAGGAGGAAGAGGUGAAACAGCGAAUCUUUGAGGAGAGGCGCCGAGCAAAGGCACAGCAGCGACGCAGGAAGCUCGAGGCCGCCAGACGCCGGGCCAAGCAGCAAAACGCCCCCUCCAGCCCUCGCGCCCUCAGCGGAAACGACGAUGGCACCACACAACCACCUCAGGACCUGGGCCAGCGCGAAUCGGCCGAGACUGGGCGUGAUCUUGGCGAACGCCAGGCAAGCGACAGCGGCCAACACCAGCCGCUGAGCUCCGACCCGGCCGCUGCCAGCUCCCUUCAAGACACGCCCAAGCGGAAAUUGUCCACCGCCGAGCAGCGAAGGCAGCGUCGGCGGCGCGGCAAGUCGGCCAAGAGACAGCGCGCGCUCGAGGCCAAGCAGCGGCUCGAGGCCGAGCAGGCCCUUGAGAGGCAGCGGCUCGAGGCCGAGCAGGUCCGCGAGCGGCAGCGACUGGCCGAGCUGGCAGAAGCUGAGCGGCGCGUGGAGGAGGCCCGCCAGCGUGAAAUGAGGGAGGAGCUGCUGAGGGUCAACAACCACCUGACCGAGGCCGAUGCCCACGCGGUGGUCCAUUACUGGCCCUGCGUGGCCGGGCGGCGGGGCGAGGUGGAGGAAGAGCUGGCGGAGGUGGUGGCGGCCCGGCGGGCCGCGGAGGAGCGCGAGCGCCGACGGCGCCAGGCCGAAGAGGCCGAGCGAGAGCGUAUGCGACGAUUGCGAGAAGAGGAGGAAAAGAGAGUAAGAGAACGAAAGCGAAGAGAGGAGAAGGAGGCGGCAGAGGGGGAGAGGGAAAGGGCGAAGGCCGAGAGGGAGCGGGAGGCGGCCGAGGAGGAGCGCCGGCGGGUGGCGCGGGCCAAGCUGGAGCUCCUCACCGCGCGGCGCACCCAGCGGGCAGCCAGCCUCGCCGCCAGGCCCGAGCCGCUGUCGACCGGUACCAAGCGCCGAGAGCGACGGCGCAGGGCGCGGGAGCGAAGCCUUUCCAUCGACGCCAGCCUCGACCUCGUCCCAGCCACUCCCUCAGUCACCACCCCUGCACCCAAGAAAAUUCCGACGCCUAUUCCGACGCCGAUGCCGACGCCGACGCCGACGCCGACUUUGAAGCCUGGGGCGCCACCGAGGGAAGAGGAGACGAAAGAGGAGAAGGAGGCAAGGAUUCGGGCGAGGGAAGAGGAGAAGCGGCGAAAGAAGAGGGAGCGGAGGAAUCAGAAGAAGGUGCGAAGCCGUGCAGCGUCGUUGGUGGAGGACCCGGUUGAGGUCGACGAGAGCCGGGAGCCCGAGCUUGCAACUGCGACCGUCCGCCAGGCAGACUACCCGCAUUUCUGCCCCGAGCUGCCUCGCACCGAGCCCGAACCACCAGCGGUGGCCAAUCCAGCGGCUGACGUGGAGCCAGAAGAGAGACCAGCCGAGAUCCAGGAGGAGUGCUGCGUCGCCGACGAUCAGGCUGCACCGUCCCUGGUAGCAGAGGCCCAAAUCACCGAGGACUCAGAGUCUGCCCCAGCCCCAGCCCCGGCCGAGCCCGUCCACGGAAACGGCGACGGCGUGGGCGUGUUGGAAGGCGACGGUAUACCGACCUUCCAGCUGGACGACGACGGAGCGUUGGACGCGGAGGAGCUGACGCCCAUCACUUCGGCAGGAGAAGAACUUGUGAUCCUGGACCAGACGCCGGAGGCCCAUGUCGAGCAGUCCGUGAGCCAGGGAGAAGAUCCCAGUACCGAGGCGGCCGCCGUGGUGGUGGCCCCGGACGUGAAGCCCCAGGAACAGCCUGAGCUGGUGCCAGACGUGGAGGUGCCGGCAGGUGCCGGCGGCCACCGCACACACGAGGAGGAGGUGGUGCGGAUGCGGGUGCUGUACGACUACACGCCCGACCAGGACGCCCACGGCGAGCUGGAGCUGCUGGCGGGCGACAUCGUCCUGGUCUACCUGCAGGACCAGCGCGAGGGCGACCCCUGGUGGUUCGGCGAGGCCGAGGCCGAUGGCAGCUGCGGCUACUUCCCCGAAUCUUUCGUAGAACGCGCUGACGCCACCAAUACCGAAGGCGACGACCAGAUGCUGUCGAGCGGCGAGGGCUGCCCAGCGGGGUCGACGUUGUUGUCGCCUUCACUGUCGAAGUCGCCCAGGCCGGGCGGCGCGAGUCCGCUGUCACCCCCGCGCAUGCCUGCCGAGGUGCCGGCGGUACCCAAGCCCGCGAUUCCCUACCAGAGCGUGGUCGACAACGAGUGGCCCCGGGGGCUGGUCACCUACGAGUGGGCCGCCCGUGCGCCCGACGAGAUGGACCUCCACCUGGGCGAAGUGAUCGAGGUCUACGAACAAGACCCCUCCGGCUGGUGGACGGGCGCCUUUGGAGAGGAGCGCUACGGUCUGUUCCCGUCCAGGUUCGUCAGCCUGCUCUCCAAGGAACAGGCCCGAAAGCUGCGAUCUAUAACCAACGUCAAACAGAAAGUGAUGGCGAUGGUGGUUGAAGAGCUGGCGGAGAAGCAAAAGGACGAGGAGACGCGGCUCAAGAUGCUCAAGGAGUGGAGGGGAAGAUCGGCCGACACGUCCUCCUCCACCACCAGCCACCACCAUCACAGCAAUCAACCAUCACAACACACCUCGCCCAUUACGGUGGGCAAGAAGGUGAGCCCGACGACCAGCAAGAAGUCAUCACCGCUCAACAAGGCCGCCUCGCCCAACAAGGAGGACACCAGCAACCACGGCGGCGCCGUCUCCCAGGGGAAGAAGGUGAGCCCUACCAAGAAGGCCGGGAGCCGGAUCAUCAAGCUGCUGGGCAGCGGCGGUGGCAGCAGCAAGACCAGCCGAGACCCGAUCGCUGAGGCCUCAAAGCUUGCGGUGGUCGAGGAGCCGCUGGCCUCGCCCAAGCGCCGGUCGGCCUCGAUCUCGUCGCCGCGGGAACGGAUCGACCUGCACGCCAUGAGGGCCGCCUCCGGCGUAGGUACAGCGGGCCACAAGGCUCGAUCGGGGAGCGUCAUCGGCGUUUCGUCGGCCUCUUCGUCGCUCAUAGCGCCGAUGAUGAAGAAGAAGGCCGGCUCCUCCAUCGAAUCCGCUUCUGGCGCCAGCCCGCCGGCGAGUCCCGAACAACAGCGAAAGAAGAGGCGCGGGUCGUGGCUGCUCGGUCAACCCAAGACCACCGGACUGAGCCGGAGGUUCCAGAGGGCGCGGGUGGUACGGGACUACGAUGGCAGCGGCGGCGGGGAGAGCAGGAUCGGGAUGCUGCGGAAGGGCGAGGUGGUGCUGGUGUUGGUCAAGGAUUCGGCGUCGGGCAUGUGGACCGGUCAGUGUGAGGCCGACGCCAGCCGAUGCGGGGCCUUCCCCUCACACCACGUACAGCUGCUCGACUGA